AUGCACUCGCGGGGCUUCCUCCUCCUCCUUGUCGUCGCCUUCGUGGCGCUCACGUCGGACGUCUCCUACGCCAAGAAUGCCGUCCGAUCCACCAACGUCGAGACCGCGUCCGACCCCGCGAUUCUGAGCGAUGACAGCGCCCACCGCAAGCUGAAGACGGACGCGACAGGAAUUGACGCCGCCGCGUUAGAAGACGAAGAGAGAGGAAUCAAAAUCAAAAUACCCAGCUUCCUGUCGAAGAUUUUCCAGAAGAGCCCCAAGGCCAGCAGCGUCGUGAGGAACAGCCCGGACAUUGCCAAGGGCUUGAAGGACCCCAAGGUCAGUCAGACCGUCAAGGCGCUUGAGGGCAAGAAGGGGUUCGCCGACUAUUUGAAGAGCUUGCCUGGAGUCAAGAACAUCGCCGAGCGGCUGAGGACCAAGUCGGGGCCGAUGACCUCGACGAACGUGAAGGAGCUUGGAGCGGUGGCCAUGAAGUCCUCGGGCACGUGGAAGGAAACGCUCACGCAUUUGUGGGUGAAGUACGGGGCGGGCUUUUUGUUCGGACUCGGCAUUUUCUUCCUGUUCUCGUGCGUUUACCAUGGCGUCUUCCAGUAA